UGUAAAUAGAAAUAGUCUAAGCCGAGACUGGAAUUGUACAAUAUGUCGAAAAUAUUUGCCAAGAUUCAACUGUCCCUGUUUGUUUUAACAAUAUUUCUGCAACAAUCGUAUACAUAUCGAUAUGAUGAGAAAAACGAGUUCUUGGACGAGAUCGCUGCCAUGGAGGAUCAUGAAGAAUAUUGGAAAAACGUAAACAUUUCCGAAUUUUAUAAAACCAUAGAAGAUGCUGGAAUGUCCAACUCAGUGUCCAGAGAGGAAAGGUAUAAGAGACAAGUUAAGUUGGCCCUUCUUCACGAUGUAUGCGAAGAAAAUGGAACAAAGAUCAUCUAUGUACCAACUUCGUCUAUAAAUAAAUUUCCUUGGAUUGAACAAAUUACUCAAGAUCCCUCCCAAUUAGUAACCGUCCUAAGGGUCUGUUGCCCAGGUCAAGACGUAUUUGUCCUGAAUAAUAAUCGUUCCUGUGUUCCAUUCUGUAAGAAAUGCCGGAAUGGCGUUUGCGUAUCGCCGGAUAAGUGCGAAUGCUAUGAUGGAUUUGUCAAAAACGACAAUGGCGACUGUGUAUUUCAGUGCCCCAUAGGAUGUCUUAAUGGCCGAUGUCAUCUGUAUAAAGGUUGCAUUUGUAAUUGGGGUUUCCAACUAGAUUCUGCGCGACAAUAUUGUCGUCCAAAGUGCAAUAGUAAGUGCAAAACAGAACCUUUACGCAAUUGCACAAAACCGGGUGUAUGCGGAUGUAUUAGAGGCUUUAGUCUCAUAGGUGGUCAAUGUAGGCCUUCAUGUUCGCCUGGGUGUGGUCCAGGAGGAGAAUGUCAAGCUUUUGGAGUUGAAAGCAAAUGUGUUUGUUUUCCGGGCUAUAGUUUGCAGGAUGGUGUUUGUAAAAACGACUGUUUUCAGGGCUGCAAUAAUGGUAUAUGCCAAAAUCGUAAUAAAUGCAUUUGUAAUCCUGGCUUCAUUUAUGAUCCAACAUCAAGAAAUUGCAUUAAUCCAAAAAAGGCCUAUGAGAAAAAGCAGAAGAGAAUUGGAUGAAAAUUAUUAUUAGCAAGAAAUGAAGAAAUAAAAAAGCGAGUAUCUAACAAAUAAAGGUGUGCUAAAUUCGGCCUGGACGAAAUACCAUG